UCUUGUCUGUCAAUUCUGUCAUUUGUCGUCCAUCUUGAUAGUGUUCACGUGUGCGAUGUGUUGUUGAAUAAAUUAAUAAAUCAUGGCUAUGUUAGCGGGGCCUCGUCGAAAACAAAAAGUGAUUAAUUUGCGCGCUAAAAAUAAUGCUUGGAGCAAUGACAGCAGCAAGUUUGGGCAGCGUAUGUUGGAGAAAAUGGGGUGGUCUUCGGGCAAGGGGUUAGGUGCUAAAGAAAAUGGUAUUGUUGAGCACGUCGUGGCUAGAUAUAAGAAUGAUGACAGAGGAUUGGGCUACGAAGAUAAGAACGACCAGUGGACAAAGCAUGAGGACGAUUUUAAUGCUUUAUUGGCAAACUUAUCUAAUGCGGACAGUAACGAGGAGAAACUUCACAGUGGUGUUUCUUUGGAGGUCAAAUCGAAGAAAAGCAAAGCUCGUGUACAUUAUCACAAGUUCACACGCGGCAAAGACUUAACUCGCUACAGCGAAAAGGACCUGGCCAACAUAUUUGGGAAGAAAAGUCUUAAAGAAGAGGAUAAGACAAAUGAAUCUGUUGAGGCGCAAGAGGAUGUAAAUACUACAGAACAAGUUUUUACUGAAAAAGGCAGCAUGGUAGACUACUUCAAAAGUAAAUUGGCUAAUUUUAAAUCCAAAAGCAAGUUGUUGGAUUAUGAGGCUCAACCUGAAGAUGACCACUCUGAUUUUGCAUUUAAAGGAUUUUCUACGAACCCUGAUGAAUGUGAAAGUAAUGACACUCAUCAAGGAUUUGGUUUCUCAUUUUAUAACUCGUCCCAAACUAAAAGUGAUAAAGAGAAUGGAAGUGCAGAUCAAAUUGAAAAUGUAGAAGAAACAACAAUUAAAAAGAAGAAGAAAAAGAGGAAAAAUAAGGACCUUGGAGAGGAAGAAAAUAUUGACCCUCCUUGUGUGGAAAAUAAGUUCUCCGGUUGUGAUCAGACCGAGGACUGUGAAACUGAAACAUUAAGUAAAAAAAGUAAAAAGAAAAAUAAGAAUACAGAAGAAAUAGCCCACCAUGAUUUACCUGAAAAGCCUAAAAAGAAGAAAUCUAAAAAGAAGGACAGCGAUGGUGACUGUGAUAAACAAAAUUCGCCUGUAUCAGAAAUCAUCCCCGAAAUUACUGAACAAGAUGAUUAUGUGCCUAAAAAGAAGAAGAAGCGAAAAAAUAAAGAUUUACAUAGUUGAUUAAAUAAUUUUACUUCACAAAAUAA